AUGCAAGUCCACAUGUACCUGACCAAAGGUGAAAAAGGGAGACAAAAUUACACAAGCGUUUUGAAAGGGUUUUUUGGCACAAGUGAAAAGGAGGAGAAGGAGGAGGAGGAGGAGGAGGAAAAAGAGGAGGAGGCGCCCGCGGCCGCCGCUGCCUCGGUCACCUCUAGCGCCGGCGCCGCCGCCGCGCCAACUCUCGCGAUACUUCCCGUGGGCGCCGCUCGCGCUGCCUCGCGCUGCCCUCGCGCGGCGCGCGCUCUCGCUCUCCCCUCACGCCGCCCGCUCCCGCUCCCCUCGCGUCCCGUCCCCCGUUCCCGGCAAUGGGACCGCGGCGGCGGCGGCGAGACGCCCCUUUCCCCCCCGCCUCCCUUCCUUCCCUUCCUUCCGCCCGCGCCGCCGCCUCGGUCACCGCCCCGGCGCCGGAACCGCCUCUUGCGUCAUCACCUUCAGCCCGUUCCGCCUCGCAAGUUUCCUGUGAGCAUUGUGAGUAAAGAAAGACAAUCUGGAGAGAUGGAGAAUUUCAGAGGAGCAGUGGUAGCCCCAGAGAAGUGCAUAGAUUUACAGAAUAAGGAACAAUAUAGAGUUAUGGCAAAACUUCCCACCUGAGGAAGAAGAACAGAGCACAAAAGGGAACCCUAAGGGCUAAGGAAGCGUUUGGAGACAACAUGCUCAGCUCUACCACGUGGGUGCCCACAAAGCAGAGUCACAAGGCAGCACACAACCUCCAGUUCUGUUGGUUGGUAUCCACACACUGGGGACAUAAGUUCAUUAAAAUAAAUCAUAGCAUCUCCCCCUGGGAAACUACAUCACUUUGCACUCAGCAAGCAUCCAACCUUGUACUGGUUUGGGAUUUCUUGAAGCAUCUCACUGGGUGUCCUAGAAAAGUAAUUUUGAUUUUAUUCCAUGUCCUGGGGCUCUGUGCAAACAGCACAUCCCUUCCCAUGUCUGAUCUCCUAAAUUACUGACUAAUCAAUGGGAAAUUUUGCAGGGAGAGGAGCAAUGUUUCAUUAAGAGAUUGCUCUUGAGGGGAUGUCAGUACAAAUGAGAAAUUGCAAAAAUUCUGAAAUGACAGCUCUUGCACAUGUUUACCCAGGUGUUUGGCUGUUUUCUGGAUACUGGUGAACAGCAGUACCCACAGAAAACCAGAGCAGGACCCAACAAUUUCAGGUGCUCAAAUCAGCCAUAGAUGUCUAGAUUAGCCAUCUCAUCCUAAAAAAGUGAUUUAAAAUUAAAAUUCUCUAUUUUCAGAUGGACUGAGUCCUCUCUGGGUGAGUUGCUGCUAUACAAUACCAACAUGCUUUGCUUUUGAACAAAUACUAGAAAAAAAACCCCAGGCUAUAGGAUUAGCCCUGAUGACUUUUUUGUGUGAUGCCUUGAACUCCGUGUUUGUCAUUUGAUAAGGAAAUUUGCGCAAAACUUUAUCUUUUUUGGGUGCUGGGAGGUUCGACCUCUUCAGGGCGAAAAGGCCCUGUAGAGUAACAAGACAGAAUAAAUAACUAAUAUCAAAUUAAUUUUUGGCAAGGGCAGCUGAAGUUUUGUA